ACAACGGAACCGGAUAUUACUCUUUGAGCAAUAUGGCGCUUUACAUCAGCAGAAACAGCAGUGUCCGUGUGUUGUUAGUGAGAAAGUGUGUGUGACCUCCAGCAGUAGUGAUCCACCAGGGCCUUUGUAUGUCUGAAUGGACUUUUUCAAUUAAUGCUUUUCCUCUGACUCAUCUCCGGUUAGGCUACAAAGCUAUUAAAGUUAGCUUAGCAUGCUAGCUAGAAACAGACUGACGGGGACGGAAGUUAGCAACACAACGCCUGUCAGAGUGACUAAUUGAGAGCAAACAUUGUUUUUGACGUGGAGAAAAAGUUUGUGUCAAGGUGUGAAAAUGCCUAAAGCCCAAAUGCUGAGAGCGUUGGUGAAGCAGCGACUAACUGCGGCUGCUGAAGAGAUAUUUGGGCUGUUUGAAAGAACGAUAGCAGAGUACGAGGAGGAACUCUCUAGAUCAAAACAGGAGAAUGAGCGACAACGGAAACUACUGGACGCUGUUUUCAACCCUCGGCUUCAGUUACACAGAGCAGCAGAUGUCCAGCAGCUGUUGGUUAAAGAAGAGGUUCCCCGUGAGCAGCAGGAGUUAACUGCCAUUGUGGACCAGGAGGACCCAGAGCUCCCAGACAUUAAAGAGGAACAGGAGGGAGAGCAGCUUGAGGGGCUGGAAGAGGCUGAUAUCAAGUUCACACUCACUUCUGUCCCUGUGAAAAGUGAAGAAGAUGAUGAAGAGAAAGCUCAGUCGUCACAGCUUCAUCAAAGACAAACUGAACAGAUGGAAACAGGAGAUGAUGGAGAGGACUGUGGAGGACCAAAACCAGCCAGGGACUCAGACCUUGAUACACAUUUACAACCAGCUACUGAUGACAAGACUUCACACUCUGAACCUGCGAUUGAUGACAGUACAGAUUGGGAGGACACUCAGGAACCUCAGUCAGGUUUAAACCUGCUGCAAAAUAUUGAAGUACCUGUAAGUGACAUCGAAUCUAAUACUGGAAAAACAUCAGUUAGCUCCUCUGAAUGUGCUACAAGCUUUGGCCACAAGGGACAUCCGCAGGAACGCACUGGAAUCAAAACAGGGGAGAAACCAUUUAGUUGUUCAGUUUGUGGCAAAAGAUUCACACGACAAGAUCAUCUAAGACGCCACUUCACUGUCCACACAGGGGAAAGACCAUUUAGUUGUUCAGUUUGUAGUAAAAGAUUUGCACAAAAGGGACAGCUGAAACAUCACCUAAUUGUUCACACAGGGGAGAAACCAUUUAGUUGUUCAGUUUGUGGUAAAGGAUUUACAUCCAAGGGAGACGUGAAACGACACUUCACUGUCCACACGGGGGAGAAACGAUUUGGUUGUUCGGUUUGUGGUAGAAGAUUCGCAGAUGAAUCGAAUCUGCGACGACACUUGAAAAUCCAUGCUAAGCAGAAACUUUGGUUUGGUUGUUCAACUUGUGGAAACGAUUCACACAAAAGCCACACCUGAAAUAUCACCUGACUGUCCACAUCACAGACUGUAUAUAGAGAUGAACAGUAUCUCUUCAUUUCCUCCCACUGUGCAAAGAUGAAGCCAAAACAUCCAGGAUAUGGCAGCUGCUAGCUAGCACUGGCGAUGUCAUCUAGAGCUAGAGUCUGUGCAGUAGUAUUCUCCUUAGUAUCAAGUUCCUGCCUAUAUACCUGUCUGACCUAUCACAAGUAGUGCCAAUGAUCACACCGAUUAGCACAGAUAGCUGUCAGUCAUGUCAUAUCCCGUUCACUUAUUCAGAGCUCCGCGCUCCCGGAGCGCAGCACAUACUUUAGGCACAGACGGAGCAGCAGAGCCAUAGACUGGAAAAAUAAUGGAUUUAGCUACCGUGACAUCACCCAAUGGUUUUUUGACUCCCAUUUUGAAGCCUGUAGUUUGGCAUUUUGGCUGUAGCUGUUUUGGGUUUUUGGAGCCAGUAGUAUCCAUAUUUGGGCGAGAGAGUGAAGCUGUGGAAGGAACAAGGGGUGGAUCUGACCGAGACUGAGGACUGUUCAAAUCUCUACCCCGCGACUCAACUCACAAAGCUGUUACUGAGGAGAAAAAAACCCCCAAAAAAGUCAUGAAGAGUUCCGCCUGUGCUGUUUUAUGGACCCGCAAAAACCUCAGAAUUCCAAGAGGGGACACAGAAUGAUGUGCCUCCCCCAGCCGUCAGCUACCACCACACAUAGAUUCUAAUUCUGUGGGAAACAAUGAGUAUGUUUACAUGCACACUGAUAUUCCCCUAGUAUACUGAGUAUGACAAUAUUAUGAAUUUGGUACAGGUUAGGAUGUUUUGUUUUCAGAUUAAGACGUGGGAUAUGUCAGUAUUACUCAGGUUUUAAAAGCAUCAUUUGGACAUGUAUACAGCAUUCAGAAUAUGUGUCUCAACUUGGGUUUUUACCACAGUUUGCAACACAUGGCCUCUUGUCUGUCUUGUCAGCUCUGUGCGUUGUCAUGGAGAUGUUAAACAAAAACCAACUUGCCAACAGUUUGCAGGGCUGGUGCAGAGAUGCAUGCCCAAAGAAAAAGCCCACAUUUCUGUUUGGAAGAGGAAAUACACCAACUUUCAAACAUUAUGUUAGACUUGCAUGUAGGAUCUUAUCUGCAAAUAUCACAAGACUGACCUUUUCAAGAAGGUGGUUGAAGGAAUGAAACAAUGAGGUUGUGUUGGUAAGGUCUAACAAGUCAGCCACUGGUAGGAAACUCAUGGCUGCAUGUAAAUGGGAAUAUUAGUGGAAUAUUCAUUUUCAUGUAAAGAGCUUAGGAAAAUUUUCCUUGUCAGAAUAAGGGCAAAACUGGAAUAUUUUGUACAUGUAAACACAGUGAGUGGUACAGUUUAUGGUCCACAUGGGAGAAACUAAUUAGUUACAGCCUUUAUGAUAAAAGAUUCACUUGGCUCCAUCUUUUAAAAACGUGUGUUGGUGAGAGUGAAAGAAAUAUGUGAAGCUGCAGAGAUUUUUUUUCCUUAUACGGACUCCAGAAUACAUCUUUUCAGUUAAGAUGAAGCUACACAAUGAGGACUGUGCAAUAUAUCGAUAUUGUAUCGAUAUGGUGAUAUUAGACUAGAUAUUGUCUUAGAUAUUGGAUAUUGUAAUAUGGUUGGUGUCGUCUCUUCUUGGUUUUAAAGGCUGCAUUACAUUAAAGUGAUGUAAUUAUCUGAACUUACCAGACUGUUCUAGCUGUUCUAUUAUUUGCCUUACCCACUGAGCCAUUAUAUCCACAUUAAUCAUUACUGAUGAUUAUUUAUCAGAAAUCUCAUGGUAUAAAUAUUUUGUAAAAGCCCCAAUAGUCAAUAGUAUCAUCAGAGUAUCACAUCAAGGUAUUUGAUGAAAAAUGCUGUGAUAUUUGAUUUUCUCCAUAACACCAUCCCUAUACACAGUCAUAAUAAUUCUGUUUGUAUUUGCCUUUACAUUAUGUAGUCAUUUUAUGGCGCUGUGCCUUUUGGUAUUACAUGUAAUAUUUGAUUAACCUGUUCAGAACCCAAAUAUGUUCUAAACACAAAAUAAAUAUUGUAAUGGUGGAUUUCUACUCUAAAUGCAUUAGCAUGAUUAGGAUACUUUAUUAUGUGUUAUUUUUUCUGUCCAUUUCAGUGGAUGAGGAAUCUGAAUGCAGACACCACCUAAUAGUUAAAAUGACAAUAAAUGGUCAUAACAGACCUUUUUUUCAACAGAAUACAUGAGUUUUCAAGCCUAUUUUAAAAAAAAAACAAACUGAUGCAAUGUGUAUUUUUGAGAGUUGUUCUUCACUUAGGCAUCUUUGUCCUGGGUCUUGUGUGUAGACUUGUUACAGAUGUUUUGUAGCACCAUAUGUAAUCCUUUUUUGAUUGUUUUUAUGGAUUUGUUUUUUCUAAAUUCUGUGUUUUCUGUUUCAGAUUUCUAAAUUCUGUGUUUUACAAUUUUGUCUUCAGAAUGGGUGUGUAACGAUGUGAUGAGUGAAUAAAAUUUUUAACAAUUCAAUAAGAAGACUUUCCAAAUCUAUCU